GAUUGAUCGAGUCUUCUGAUACCGACCGCGUAGCGACGGCGACCGAGCACUGGUCGUAGUCUGCCUUAAUCCUGAAUUUCUACGAUUUUACUUGGUUUUCUAUCCUUUGAAAAACUACGCUUCAUUUAGAAUUCGUGUCAGGAUGAACUCGACUCGUCUCAGUAAGCGUCGAAGCUUCUCACGCUAGCCGAGCUGGCUAGUUAGCCUGCUAGUUAGCUUAGCUUGUUAGCUGCUAGCAAAUAACUAGUUGAAGGUUGAAUAAAUAUUAUUUUCGAAAGAACAAUAGCAGAGUACGAGGAGGAACUUUGUCCAACAAAAGAGGAGAAGGAGCGACAACAUCAACUACUGAACGCUGUUUUCAAGAAACAUCAAGUUGUGUUACACAGAACAGACAUGCAUCGAGAACAUUUUCUCCCUGAGCAUCAGGAGUGGACCUCCAGUAUGGCAGAGGAGGAGCCACGACCCCCACACCUUAUGGAGGAAGAGGAGUCACGUCUCCCACGCAUUAAAGAAGAAGAGGAGGAACAUCACAUCACUCAGGAGGGUGAGCUGGAGGAAUUUCUAGUGACUGGUAUCCCUGUGAAGAGUGAAGAUGAUGAGGUCAAAGGUGAGAGUGAGGAGAGGGGAGAGGCGGAGCCUCCGAGCAGCAGCUCAACAGAAGCUGAUGGAGACCACUGUGGAGGAUCACAAGCAGACAAGCUCUUAGCUCCACUAUCAGAUAGUGAGGACACAACGUCACACUCUCCUGACACUGAUGAUGAAGACUCUAAAGAUGAUAAGACAUGUCCCACUGACAACACACACUUCACAUGUUCUCACUGCGACAAAACUUUUAAAUACCCGAGUCAUCUAAAAGUACACAUGAGAACACACACUGGAGAAAAAACAUUCAUGUGCUCAGUUUGCCAAAAAAGCUUCUCCCAGAAGCAACAUUUGAACAUACAUGCCAGGACACACACUGGAGAAAAACCCUUUUCAUGUUCAAUCUGCGCCAAAGGUUUCAUACAAAACAAUGAUUUGAAAGUACACAUGAGAACGCACACUGGAGAAAAACCGUUCAUGUGCUCAAUUUGUCUUAAAAGCUUCACCCAAAAGGCAUAUUUGAUCAUGCACGCCAGAAUACACACCGGGGAAAAACCUUUUACAUGUUCACUCUGCGGCAAAGGUUUCAUUCAACGUCAAUACUUGAAAGUACACGCGAGAAAACACUCCGGCGAAAAACCAUAUUCCUGCUCAAGCUGCAACAAAAGCUUCGCUGACCGGUCAGCGCUUGUAAAACACACGAGAACACACACAGGUGAGAAAGUUUUGAGUUGCAGUGUGUGUGGUGAAAGAUUCUCUUAUAAGUACCAGUGUAAGAAACACAAGUGUGCUGGUGAGAAUAUUCGAAAUAGAUUGUCAAAACUUUGACUAUCUAACAACAACAGUGUUUGUAACACAAUUUUGUUAAUAUGCGCCUAACAUUUUUAGGUGUUUUUCAGUCAAGUGCACAUAUUAGUAGUACACAACAUUGUGUCCAUGUUUUCAUGGGGUUACCACUCUGUCAAUGAAUGUGUGUUUUAUUUAAUUGCUGUUUUUUAAUUACCAACACACCAUGAAAAUAAGAUUUUUUAUUUUUUUUUACUUU